AUGGUCGUGCCGCAGGAAAACACAUCCGUCCUGCCGACGACAUGGCUCGGACUCAUCGGCUACCUCGUCAUCUUCAAGCUCGCCUACGACGUCGCCCUGGCGAUAUACCGGAUCACGCUGCACCCGCUGGCUCAUUUCCCCGGCAGCAAGCUCGCGGCCGCGACGUACUGGCACGAGACGUACUACGACGUCUUCCGCGGGCAUCAGUACGUGUGGAAGAUCCAAGAGAUGCACCGGCAGUACGGCCCCGUGAUCCGCACGAACCCGGACGACGUGCACAUCCACGACCCGGACUUCUUCGACCAGCUGUACGGGCUGAAGAUGGACAAGUGGGCGUGGUGGACGCGCGGGUUCGCCGUGCCCAAGGCCGGCGGCAUGACGGUCGAGCAUGAGGUGCACCGCAAGCGGCGGGGCGCGCUGAACCCCUUCUUCAGCAAGGCCAGCAUCGUGGCCAACAUGCCCGUCAUCCAGGAGAAACUGGCCGUCAUGUGCGACCGGCUGGACGCCAUCAAGGGGAGCCGACAGGUUCUGGACCUCGAGGCCGUGUACCUGGCCUUGACCACCGACGUGCUCACGCAGUGCUCCUACGGCUGGACGUACGACUACAUCCACCACCCGGAGUGGGCCAUGACGUGGAAGCUGGUCAACACCGGGGGCCGCGCCUCGGCCGCCAUCGUGCGCUCCUUCCCGCUGAUCGGGGCCGUCGUGCGCUCGAUGCCCCUCGCCGUGGCCAUCAAGCUCGUCCCGCCCGUCGGGUUCAUGAAGUCGUGGAUGCAGCGCGUUGGGGUGCAGGUCCAGAAGAUCAAAUCCGACCGCGAAACAAUGCGGCAGAUCCAGGUCGAGAAGCGGCGCAAGGACACCAUCUUCGCACAGAUCCUCUCCAGCGACCUACCGGACGAGGAGCUGAGCGACGAGCGCCUGAUCGACGAGGGCGUCUUGAUCGCGACCGCCGGCUCCGAGACCACCGCCUGGGCCAUCACCAUCACGACGUACCACGUCAUGAGGAACCCGGACGUGCUCGCCAGGCUGCGCGCCGAGCUGAGGACGGUCGACAUCCCGCAGGGCGAUGCCGUCGCGCCGUGGACCGCGUUGGAACGGCUCCCCUACUUGACGGCCGUGAUCAAGGAAGGCGUGCGCAUGGCCGGCGGCAUGCUCUCGCGCCUGCCCCGCAUCUACGACAAGCCGAUCCAGUACAAGCAGUGGACCAUCCCGGCGGGGACGCCCGUCGCCAUGACGCCGCAUCUGAUCCUCAUCGACGAGAACAUCUUCCCGGAGCCACGCCGGUUCAAUCCCGACCGAUGGGUCGAUGAGGAUGCCACCGGACCGGACCGGACCACCAGUCGUCUGGACAAGUACAUCGUGGCGUUCGGUAAAGGGUCAAGGAACUGCAUCGGCAUGCAUCUGGCCUACGCGCAAUUAUACAUGAGCGUGGCCGCCGUGGUGGCGAGAUAUAAUCUGGAGAUGUACGAGACCGACGACAGCGACGCCACGCCGACGAGGGACCUGUUCACCGCGGGUGUGAAGCUAGAUAGCAAGGGCAUCAGGGUGAUUGUGCACGACAAGGAUGAGAAUGCAGGGUGA